AUGGGGCGCGGCAGCUUCACCGUCUCGGCCGCUUACAACAACUGCAGCUCGUCGUCGACGCCACCUCCCACAUUGGUCGCCACCACAUCCCACCCACCGGAGGCGCGUCGUCGGGUCCGCACGGAUCAUAGCGCGGCGGCAGCGCCGGGGCGACUCUACGGCAAGCUAUCGUCGUGGGAUGCCUACGCGCCCGUGAGUACGGCGGCGCUGGUGCUGACCCUGUGGGACGACAUCGACUCCGCUGCGCCACAGCGCCUCCACGGUGCUCGCCGCCUUCCCCUCGCCCCUGCCCGGCUUCUCCGACGACCCGGCCAAGGUGGCCUCGCUCAUGCGCUGGGCGCUCUGGAUGAUGAACUCGCCGCCCCGCAUCCGUGCCACAUUCUCGAGGCCCACCUGACCUCCAACAACGCGGCCCUCAAGGCCGCGAUCGUGGAGGCGGCGGUGGCGAGCGUGCAGGCCAAGGAAGUGCUCCUGCUGGGCGUUGUCUGCCCGCCCGUCCAGAGCGAAUUCUUGUCCAUCGUCGCCUCGCUCGUCCCCUUUUCGUUCGGCCUCAAGGAGCGCUCCACCCGCUGGGUCUCAUCUCUCCGCAUGAAGCCCGAAACGACGGAGCCGCUGGUGAACACGAUGGGCCACAUCAUGUCGGCCACGCUGCGCCGGAAGGCGGCCACGCUCGAGCUCGCGGCCCUGGUUGAGGGCGGCGAGCGGGAGAAGGCCACAACGCGCCUCCUCGAGCUGAUCGAGGACUUGGACUACGAAGUGCGUGCGCUCGCCAUCAAGUUUGCCCUCAAGGCCCUCCAGUCCGACACCUCACUCCUGUUCGAUUGGCAGCGCGUGCAGGGCACGUUGCUGCAGCGGCUGCACACGGAGUCGCACCACACGUGCAUCAAGCACCUCCUGGCCCUCCUGUUCGUGUUCCCCGUCCCGCUGCCCGACAGCGUGCUUCUGGGCGACGCCGCCGUCGGCUCCGCGCUCGACACACAGACCUUCUUCGCGCACCUGCGCGGGCUGCUCGACCGAUGGCCCAACGGCGCGACCCGCGAGAACAUCGUCUCCCACAUGGGCGUCUACCUUUCCCAGGGUCCGGCGUGCUUUGAUGCGGCGGCGGUGGCGGGGAUGGUGGGUCUGUACAAGAAGCAGCCGGUCCCGCUCGCCGCGCACUUUGCCACCGACGAGGCCGAAGCCGGGCUGGCCGACCGCCACGACCGCCUCAUCGAACUCGAAGACCGCGAGGGCGUCCGCGCCAUCCAGACCUACACCAAAGAAGUGCGGCUGGCUUUCCAGAUCCUGAAUCUGGAGAAGCGGAUCCUGCAGGCGAUGAAGACGUCGCGACCCGACGGGUCGAUGCUGUACGAGGCCCUGUGCGUCGACCGCGAGGCUGGUUACGAUGCAUCAUCAUGGCUCGGGGCCGGUCAGCGCUUUCAGGAUGAGGUGCACUUCCCCUAA